AUGUCGAGCAGCGGUUUAAGUAAAAUUAACGGUACAUUUUAAAUAAGUAACCAUAAAACUUUUAAUAAUAUGAUUUAAAACAUGCAAUCAAACAUUGUAUAAAGUGACCAAUAAAUAAAAGGAAACAAUAGGGAUAUUAUUUAUGUACCUAACUGUCUAUUGUCUCUAACCAGAAACACACAUAAUUCAACGCUUGCUUUUCAAUUUCAUACUGUAACAUUAACGUCAUAAAAACAAAAGAAAAUGCGUCCAUGUAUGUAAUAAAAUGUGGCAUAUGUAUAUAAAUUACCUUCAUGAAGCUUCAUUACUUAACAGCCUUUACCAAACAACAGUCCUAGAAAUGUCGAGUCUAUUUGCAGUUGUCAUACUUCAAGUAUCGUGGCAAUGCUUAGUCUACGCCAAUCCAGAGGAUCGACUAUUGAAGCGACUAUUGGCUGUCAUUCUUCUACAGGCCUCACUGUCUCAUAAAAGCUUUACUCAUUGCAACCAGGAGGUUCACUUAGAGGAUGGCAACAGCGGCCCCGGUGAGCCGCUGUUCUUGACGCCGUACCUCGAGCGCGGCGACGUCGACUGGGCGCGACGGCUGGCACGUGUGUCGCUCUUCAAUCACCUUCACGUCGAGAGCUACGCAGGCUUCUUCACCGUCGACAAAACCUAUGGCUCCAAUCACUUGUUCUGGUACUUUCCGAGCAUGUCCGCUAACAGAAAAAACGACCCAGUCGUCGUGUGGUUGGAGGGAGGACCGGGGACUUCAGGGCUGAUUAAUAUAUUCUUGGGAAAUGGACCAGUUUUCGUGAGAAAUCAAACGUUCGAGCGCAGAGAGCACCAUUGGGCUCUGAGUCAUCAUAUGAUAUAUAUUGACAGCCCGGUUGGUACUGGAUUUAGCUUCACCAAGCAUCCCGAAGGUUACUGCACCAAUCAGACGCAAGUCGCUGAACAUCUGUACUCCAGCCUGACUCAGUUCUUCCAGCUCUUCCCAGAGCUGCAGCAGAAUGAGUUCUUCAUCGCGGGAGAGUCAUACGGUGGGAAGUAUGUCCCGGCUCUGGGCUACGCUAUUCACAAGAAAAAUCCCACAGCAAAAACCAAAAUAAACCUCAAAGGUUUAGCUAUCGGUAAUGGUUUUACUGAUCCUGAAAACCAGUUACUGUAUGGAAAAUAUUUGUAUCAAGUAGGUCUCAUAGAUUUUAAUGAACGAAAAAUAUUUGAAGAAUAUGAAGGUAAAACUUUAAGUUAUAUUAAACACAACAAAUGGAGAGAAGCAUUUGACACUUUUAAUAUUCUAAUUGAGAGAUUUCCAGGUUCCUAUUUCAACAAUUUUACUGGGUUUGAUAGUUAUUACAAAUUCAUAGAUCCUAAAGUAUACUUUUUACCUGGCUUUAUUGAAAUAGAUUCCGCGUUGAAAAAAAAUGAUACUCGAAAGGGAAUUCAUGUGGGAGAUCUGACAUUUCACAACGGAUCUGUAGUGUUUAAUUAUUUAAAACAAGAUAUAAUGAAGUCUGUGGCCCCGUGGUUGUCUGAGCUCUUGGAUCACUACCACUGUUUGAUCUACAGCGGGCAACUAGAUGUCAUAGUCGCUUAUCCUCUGACACUCAACUACUUGCAGAAGCUUAACUUCAGUGGUUCUGAGGAGUACAGGAUGGCGAAGCGUUCGAUCUGGCGCGUGGACGGGGAGAUAGCGGGAUACGCCAAGCACGGGGGGAGGGUGGUGGAGGUGCUGGUCCGGAACGCGGGGCAUGCGGUGCCAGUGGACCAGCCUGAAUGGGCCUUGGACAUGAUCCAGCGUUUUACCCAUAAUACUAAAUGUUGGGACUGUUAGACAACGCCAUUUUGUACAACUUUUAUUGUUCUUUUAAAGCAUUUAAUGUAAUUUCUUAUUAAAUACAUACAACAUAAUAA